AUGGCCGACUUCUUCAACAACUGCACCUGGUACACCAAUGAAACCUCGAAGAUGUGUCCCGAUCAACUGUUGCGGCACUGGACAGGCGACGGUGCCGUACACAUUUUCACCUCCUUGGCGACGUACUAUUUUGUUUAUUGGGUGAGAAUUAUGGUGUUUUUCUUCCCGGAAGGAAUGCGAGGACCCGGCGGAGCUGCAGCCUACACUGGAGCUGUCACUCAUACGCUAUCGGUAGCAGUGAUCAUCUGCGAACUCACAGGACAGCUGGCUCCCAUUCUACCUGUUCUGAUCGCAAUGCUGAUGGGCAACGCUAUUUGCAAAUUCCUACAGCCGUCUAUAUAUGAGAGCAUCAUUCGAAUAAAGAAAUAUCCUUACCUACCCGAUUUACCGCCAUCAAGAAUCAGUGUUCACACGGUGAAGGUCGAGCAGGUCAUGGUCUGCGAUGUCAUCUACAUCACAAAGGACAUGACGUAUCGGGAAAUGAAGGAAAUUCUCCAAAUGGCUCCUCAUCUGCGGAGUUUCCCAAUCAUAACAAAAUCCUGGAUCGGUAGCGAACGCUACCUUACCAUGCUUCUGCGGCGACAUGUUCUGGUCACUCAGCAGGACAGUCGUGCCAGUGUUCGUAUGACUCCUUCCGAGAUCUUCAAUACAAUCCGCAGGACCAGUAUGAGGCUCUCGAAGAGGUCACCGUCACGGAGAUCGAAAGAUGCGAGGGAACCUGACAGCAGCCGAAGUGAGAGCGAACCACUAGAAGUGGUGACUGAUCGCAGCUACAGCGGCAACACGCUGCUGUCAAUUUCGCCACUGCAUGCUCCGAACACUGUUCCAUUGCAAGCCGUCUUUACGAGACCUUCUUCAAAUGAGCUACUGAAGGAUCGAGACCCCGAGGCGCUUCUUGAUCGUACAAUCGAUCUCGAUGAAAUCGCUAUCGAUGCUGCUCCAUUCCAGCUCGUACUUGGAUCAUCACUGUACAAG